UCCGUGUGUGUAGGUACAUACAUUUCUGUGUGUAUAUAAAUUUUCGCGAUAGCAAGAUAGGGCAAAAGAGGAAAAGCGCCCGUAGUAAAAGCGAGCAAAACGGCGGCGGCCGGGUGGCCGGUGACAGUUGUCAGUAUGUUGUGGAGCACGGUAAGGGAUGGUGGUCUCGGGGGAGAGCGAUUUUGGCGCUAAAUACUUCGACUUCCCGCGCUUUCUCGGCCACGUGAACUGUUAAACUAACUAACUUUAUAAUGAGUUAUUACUAUAGAAGACUUUGAAUAUCGUAUUUGAAUAUAGUGCCGCCGAAAUGAACUCGUGUAGUUUUAUAAAAAAAGUUAUUUUGAACUCAUGAUUGUGUCGUGCCAUAUUGGUAGUUGUCUUCGAUCGCGUGAAAAAAAUAAUCAUCGGCAGACACAUGUUUUCACCGUCGUCGACGAAAGCGGCCUGGUGGCUGGCCACGUUUUUUAGUGUAUUUGUAACAGGGGAAAUGCCGAUUCAGGCGGAACUGGAACCUGAAUUUCUUCAGGCUCUGGAGAACCACACAGUCACACAAGGAAGGGACGUACACUUCACAUGUGUCGUCAACCAUCUAUCUAAUUAUAGGGUGGCGUGGAUUAAGUCAGACUCGAAAGCGAUUCUGGCGAUACACACGAACAUGGUGGCGCUGAAUCCUCGGCUGAGCGUCACUUACAACAACCACAAUACGUGGAAGUUGCACGUUAGUAACGUGCAGGCCAACGACUCUGGCACCUAUAUGUGCCAAGUUAACACAGACCCUAUGAAGAGUCAGAUGGGUCAUUUAUCCGUGGUGAUCCCGCCGGACAUAGUGGACAGUGUGACAGAGGGUAGCUCGGCACAAGAGGGCGGGAGUAUAAGAUUGACGUGCACCGCAACAGGGGUGCCGCCGCCGACCGUGUUGUGGCGACGCGAGCACAACCGACCCAUAGUGUUUAGACACGACGGUGGCAGGGAGCGAAAAGUGGUGGACAGUCACAGAGGUGAGACGUUGGAGUUGGCUCACGUGCAGAGGACGGACAUGGGCGCCUACUACUGCAUCGCCAGCAAUGGGAUACCGCCCACUGUCAGCCGGCGGUACCAUGUGGAAGUACAUUUCAUACCGCAAGUGAAAGUCACCAAUCAACUAGUAGGAGCUCCACUCGGCAGCGACGUGGAACUCCAGUGCUUCAUCGAAGCCUCCCCUAAAGCUAUGAACUCCUGGUACCGAGAAGACGGUAACUCACUAUUAAGCGACAAAUUGACCGAGAACCCGAAACUUCGUGUAUCAGAAACUAUAAUGAACGAGUACUCGCUUUGGAUAAACUUGACUAUAAAGUCCUUGGCUCUAGCAGACUACGGAACUUAUGUGUGCGCCUCUGUCAAUGCACUGGGAAAGAUGGAGAGCCAAGUCAGUUUGCAUAGACUAGAACUAAGCAUGAACGGCUUUGGUGCCGAGGAGCCGAUGGUCUCGGGCGCGGCGUGGCAACGUGCGCGCAACUCUCCGUCCCACCGCGCGCAGCCUGCCGCGUCGCAUGCGCAUCAAUAUUUCCUCGCGCAACACCUGCCCCCGCAGUUAUACGCUUUACUAUUAACUGUGCUGCGAUAUAUACAUACUUUCUAAACGUUUGUAAUAUUUUCUGUGAGCUAAGUUUAUGUUGAAUAGAUGUCGACUAAAAUACUUUCAAUUUCAUCCUUUACUAAAUCCCCAAAAGAUUGUACUUGAAAAGUUUUAAUGCGAUUGCCAACUAACUGAAUUAUCUAGUCUAUGUAUUAUUUUCUAAUACUAUUACCAAUUUUGAAUCUGAAAUAAUUUUGACCACAAACCUUCCUAGAAGGACGGUAAUUUGUUGAACAACAAUUCUGAAUUUGAAAGUUAAUAUUUAUUCAACAUAAGUUUAGUAUGACGAGCAGUAUGUGCCACAAUAUUGUACAGAUAUUCAAGGACGUGACGUGUUAAUUGUUGAAAUGUUUAAACAUGGAACAAAAGCCUAUAGAAAUUACCCUUCAAUUUUAUACCUAUAGUUAAUGACAUAAGGGCUACCACGAAUUGGUUUACCGCCAGACGCACUGGUGUAGCAAGAAGCAUUUUGUCCAAUGUCCAAUAAACUAUUUGAUAAUGCGCACUCAAUAUUUAACCCAGCGCCAUCUGGUGGACAGAAAACGGUAACUCUCAUUGUGUCCACAAAGUAUGUAUACUUACGCCGAAGGAUGAAUUCAACUGACUAUGAUUUUCUUAAUGAUGUAUUCAAUACUCAUGAUAAGAGAUUAGAUUUCUUAGAAUUUUAUAUUUUGAAAUAUUUUAUUUGAGACAUGUAAUCUUGUAAAGUGAAUUAUGUCCUUGCCUACUGAAUGUGGUAUGUAAUUUUAUUAAUUUUUAGUCUUCAUUGUACCGUGAAUUUUAUGUAAAAGACUAUGUUUUGCCUCGAUGAAGAUUUACCAAUCUUUUUUACAAUGAAAAUUAAACGUAAGUAAGAACGUUAAAAACUACAAUCUGUAUAAUAUAAAACUAUAGAAAUAUGAAGUUUCAACUGUAAUAGCCUGGUUCGAUGUAAAACUAAUAUUACGUAACUAAAUAUCGAUUAAAAAAUAUUUAACUGACUAGUGUAAGUUAGUAUAAGCCAUUAGCUAUAUCGUUAGGAACAUUUCAAAUUUAUCAAUCGAUAUUAUUAUUCAUAUUGUUUUCAAACCUAUCUCGAUACCUUGUGCUAAUAUUACGUUGACUUUGACAAUAAAUGUGUAAUUUAUGAAAUAUAAUAUUGAAAUAAAUGUCCUUAUGAAACCCUA